GUUCAGUCGGCAGACGGCGCCAUGCAGUGGCAGACGUGUGUGUUACUGUUGUGUGCGACGGCCAUAUUGGCGGACGACGAAUGGCGGGAAGUGAAAACUGCGCAAGGGCCUGUGCGCGGGCGCAAGCACCCUACGCAGGAUAUAUACGCAUUUUACAAUAUACCUUAUGCUACGACACCUGUCGGCGUCGACAGAUUCAAGGCACCCCUUCCCCCGCCAGUAUGGUUGGAACCAUAUGACGCCAUUGACAAACAAGUGGUUUGUCCUCAACCUUCAUCCCCAUUUACUGAUUUCCAACCAAAAGGCAUAGUGAGACAAGAAAAUUGUCUGAUUGCUAAUGUUUUUGUACCAAACACAAACAAGAAGAACCUCUCCGUGGUAGUGUAUGUUCAUGGAGGAGCUUUCAUUAUGGGAUGGGGAGAAAUGUUUAAAGCCACACAGUUAAUGAAUAACAAAGAUAUUAUUGUCGUUACGUUCAACUACCGGCUAGGUGUCCACGGCUUCCUCUGUCUCGGCACUGAAGACGCACCAGGCAAUGCUGGAAUGAAGGACCAAGUAGCAUUGCUGCGUUGGGUACAGAAGAACAUCGCCAGCUUUGGUGGUAAUCCAGAUGACGUCACUAUCAUAGGAUACAGUGCGGGGUCUGCAUCAGUAGACCUGCUAAUGCUCUCUAAGGCAGCUGAAGGAUUGUUCCACAGAGUUGUACCAGAAAGUGGUGGAAACCUUGCUACAUUUUCAAGUCAAAGGGAUCCUGUAGAGAUUGCUAAAAUAUAUGCAAGACAACUUAACUUUACUAACGUAGAUGAUAUUUAUGCUCUUGAAGAAUUCUACAAGACGGCUCCUUUAGAAUUGUUGACUUCAGAUCAAUUUUUUGAUAGAACUGAUUCUAUUUUCAUGUUCUCUCCGUGUGUGGAGCGCAAUAUGGGACAAGAGACAUUCCUGACGGAAUCUCCACUAACCAUAUUAAAGAACGGCAAGUACAAGAAGCUACCAGUAUUGUAUGGUUUCGCUGAGAUGGAAGGACUGCUACGUAUUGAUUUCUUCCCAUUAUGGAAGCAAAAGAUGAAUGAGAAGUUUUCUGAUUUCCUGCCUGCUGACCUUAAAUUUGAAUCUGAAGAAGAAAGAGAAGAAGUGGCCAAUAAAGUUAAGAGAUUUUACUUUGGUGAUGAGCCUGUCAGUGAAGACAAUAUUUUACAAUACGUGAAUUUCUUUUCGGAUGUUCUUUUUACGCAUGCAAUGCUCUGGGCAACCAAACUGCACGUGGAAGCAGGCCACAAUCAAAUAUAUUUGUAUGAAUACUCAUUUGUUGACGAAGAUAUUCCUGUAGUGCCACACACUAACAUAAGAGGUGCCAACCACUGCGCUCAGUCAUUUGCCGUACUUGAUGGUAAAAAUUUAACGCAUUUGAGUCAUACAGAUGAGGCAUUUGUGACUCCUGAGUAUCAGAAAAUGAAGAGGACAAUGCGAGAAAUUUGGUACAACUUUAUUAAAACUGGAAAACCUGUGCCUGAAUGGUCGUCGCUGCCUGCAUGGCCCGCUGCCGGCGCUGACAGGUCUCCGCACAUGUCGCUGGGGCAGAAGAUAGAGCUGCGCGGAGUACUGCUGGAAGAACGCACACGCUUCUGGGAUGACAUCUACCAGAGAUACUACAGGGAGCCUGUACCGCCACCAACACCGCCACCCAAACUACGCUCUGAAUUAUAAAUUAAGACUGUUUUUUUAGUAAUAAUGGUAUGAAUACGGUAUUAAUUCCUAUUUUGGAGUGGAAAGUAAUUGUACGAGUACCAUGAAAUAAAAUGCAUAUAAAGAUGCUUCUAAAGUGUAUAAUACUUUACGUGCAUGUUUUUUUAGUUUGUUAAUAAAUAUUUUACAUCUUG